AUGAAAAUUAUGCUAAACAAGCCUCACUCAGGAGAGGAGCAGGCAGACUUCAUCUCAACGUUCGGCUUCAUUCAGCCACAGAAUACGAUGAGUGGGCCAGUGGGCAAUGCAGUGCACAAAGAAUGGUCACAAGCCGAGGAACCUCCACCUACUACUGUAGAUGGCAUUAGCCGAAGAACUUGCACCUACUAGAGAGCGCGCUGGCAAAGAUUGAGGUCCCACGAGCCGCACACGACCCAAACCGCUGCCGUGAAUCAAUGAGAACUCAGAGGAGUCGACUGGGCCAGGGUCGGCUUGUUUCCGUAAGGAAACCCACAUGUUCGCGGUUGGUUAUCGAGGUAUUCCGCAGGUAAUCGCUGCUCACUCACAAGAGCCCCCCUUCGGCGCUUCGCAAUGGACCGCUCAGUCAGGUGGGAUUUCGCAACCGAUUUUCGUAUUCGGGACUGGUACAUGGACUACGCGAUAUCAUGUCGACAUAUCUAUUUCGCAAUACUAACGAUCAUAUCCUAAUGAAAAUCAACAAUUAUCUCCAGUUCAGGGAUAGGAAUACAUUCAGAAGCAGCUCGGGUAGCCCGGAGAUCUGUCCCGCUGUCAGUAUGCGCCUGCCCUUCUAUACGACUCUACCGCGGCGCCAACGAUAUCCAACACCAACCUCGCAGAUGACUGAAUAAGGACCAAGACAACGUUUAACGUUCUUACACUUCAUCGUGUCUACACUACAGACAACUAGGUCGAGCCUGAUACGGACUACAGUGAGAAAACCCUGCUGUUGGUGCCAAGUUGGCAACCUCACCGUCGCGAAUAGGUAGAGCUGCGACAGGAAACUCUCGCCAAU